CAAGCCCGAGUUCAAGCAGGGAAGCGAACACGACCGCGCUCGCCCGUGGAUCUCGCCCCCGCUGCCCUGGAUUAGCCCGUUUUACCCGCCUCUCCUCCAUUUUUAGUGCAUUUACCGCCGUUUAAGGGCGGUUGAAAUACGAUUUCAAGGAGAAAGUUCAAAGCUGGACCGGACCGAGGGAGACUUGUGCAUCUCGAGGAGUAACAAAAUGUCAGUGGAGGGGCAGAUAGAUGGCCCGCAGCCAGCGAUGACAGAGGCGCAGCAGGGCCUCAACAACUUCUGGCCCAAAGUCACUGAGGAGAUCAGGCAGCUCACACAGACAGACUUGCGGCAGCAGGAGUUACCGCUGGCCCGGAUCAAGAGGAUCAUGAAGCUGGAUGAGGACGUGAAGAUGAUCAGUGCGGAGGCCCCUGUCCUGUUCAGCAAGGCGGCAGAGAUCUUCAUCACAGAACUCACAUUGCGAGCUUGGAUCCACACAGAAGACAACAAGAGGAGGACACUGCAGAGAAACGACAUAGCCAUGGCCAUCACGAAGUACGAUCAGUUUGACUUUCUGAUUGACAUCGUGCCCAGAGAUGAGCUCAAACCCCCCAAGAGCAGGGAGGAGUCGAGUCGGACGGGUGUCCCUGCUGACCAGCACUAUUAUCAGAUUGCUCAGCACUACCAAGCUGUUCUGCAGCAGUCCACUGCCAAUAACAGUAGUAGCACCGCCCAGACGACCGUGCCGCAGCAGACCAGUGCGCAGCCACAGACCAUACAGAUAGUCCAAGCAGGUGGCCAGGUGUCCACUGUGCAGACAACAGGAACGACUGCAUCAACAACACAGCCCCAACAGCAGACAGCACAAAUUAUCCAGUUGCAUGGGACACCUGGCCACCGCUUGGACUACUGUAGGGUUGGUGGCUCGCAUGGUCUGCUGCGUGAACGGUCGUUGGCGGUGCUACUACUGUUUAUGGCAAGUGGACCUGCUGCAGAAACAGCUGUAGUGCUGAGCAAUCUGAUAAGUAGUGAUAUUAACAAAACUGUUAGGGACUUUUACCUGUGUCAGCAGGGACACACGUCCGACUCGACUCCUCCUGCUCUUUUGGGGGGUUUGAGGUCAUAUCUGGGCCCGAUGUCAAUAUCAGAAAGUCAAACUGACGUUUACUUCGUGAUGGCCAUGGCUAGUCGUUUCUCUGCAACAAGACAAGCUUCUUUACAAAUACAGAUUCCUCUUGUAUUUUGUGAGAUCAAUUUUUAG